AAAAAAGCAACCAAGUGUGGUGUGAUUGUGUGACUGAUAAGUAUAAACCAGAUGAUGUACAGAUGAAGACCAUACAAUUCGAAGUUAACAUAUUCGAGGUUAACAUAUGAUUCGAAGAUGACUGGUGUUUCGUCUGGUGGAUUAUUAACCUUGAUUGUUAUAAAAAGCUCUGUAAAUUAUCAAGUUAAAUCUUGCUGGUGCUCCAAAGUUACUGUAAUGAUAUUCAUUCCCAUUACCACCAUUUAUUAACGACUACCAAACAGGAUGUUGAUGUAACGAUAUUCUAGACAAGUUUGUCAAGUUAGUGGUUGGCCAUGCUUGUAGCCUUGAUCAUUCUCAUUAAUUAGCCCGUACCAUAUUUAUACAAUAUAUGAAGCUAUGAGAUAAGUAAAGUAUACAAAGGAUAACAACAAGAGGUUACAUAGAACAAUGCUAAGAGAUGAUAUUCACGGAAUUUGAAAGCUAACAACUAUGGAAUAAUAUCUAAUACUAACAGUUAGAUAAGUCAAUAUUUAUCUCUAUCACAAUGUACAAUCUACGUGUGAUAGAGGUUACAUAGAGUUGCCUGAAGAACUGUUAGAAGGCGGCAUAGCUUCAUGUCUUAAAACUCGAAGCGAAAGUUUGCCAAUUCCAGGCAGUUUGUAAGCAAUGGCAUCGAUCUACUCUUCCUAGUCUUAUAUGGUAAAGUAUGUUCGAGUCAUCAUCAUAUAUAUUUUACAGAGUUUACAAUCUUUCGGAUAAGUUUUUGUUUGCUAACUAAUAAUGAUUGAUUAUGAUUUAUGUCCAUUAUGUUUUCCCUAUUUUCCUUAUCCUAUACUAAUAGGAUAUGCCUGAUUCUUUAAUUCUCCUAGACUAAGUAUGAUUAGGAUAUGAUUAUCUCAGAUAUCAUAUAUAUAAAUAUCAUUGAUUACUAUAUAUCUAUAUCCAUAAACACAACUUAUUAUAACUUAAGCUAUAAUAAGACCGUCACCUGUUUAACUACCGGAACACUUAACGACAAUGUGCACAAGUCGUGUUCGUGGGAGUUUGUCAUGGUCGGACCUUCCAACAGACAUUCUUUCAGUAAUAUCUGAUCUUCUGAAGUCUAAGUACUCGAAUUCGUCGAUCUUGAAUUUUCGUGCUGUGUGUAAGAGUUGGAGAUCUUCUGUUCCUCCCCCUUUUCUACGCUUGCAUACCUUACUUCCAUGCACACUUUCCUGCAUUCGUAGGUCUGAUUAUCCACGUCUGCCUGUGAACUACAUCCAUCACGACACUCCCUUAGUCGUCGUUACUACAGCCGUUUAUAUUCUCCGCCAACGCCACAGUAAGUACUCUAACUCUACUAACCCAUGGUUAGUCGCAGUUGAACAGUCUAAUACCUUGGAACCACAUAAACUACGUCUAUGUCAUCCUCUUACAAGGCUUCCAAUUGAAGGAAACGUUCCUUGUAAAAACAUUAUUAUGUCUGAUUUCGAUGCCAUUAAACUCAGCCAAGGGAUUAAUCUAAGAUCAAUGGAUGCUACUCCGCUUAAGUAUGAUUAUGAUUAUGAUGAUGUGUAUCAUGUUGAUAAAGUUAUAUUAUGGUCUGAUCCUUUACAUAAAUCUCGAAAAUUUAAGCAUUAUUAUGUGGUGGUGUUGUAUGGUAAGGGAAAAUUAGCAUGCUUUCGCUUGGAUGGUUGUAGAGAUCACAAGGGAAUUAGCAUACCUAUAGAUGGCUAUGCUGAUGAUAUAGUCACUUGGAAAGAAAAGCUUUGGGCUGUUUCGCGUAAAGGGAAGCUUUAUGGGAUUGAUUACAACUCUAUGAAAGUGAAGUAUGCUGUUACGGUUGCCUCAAACUUGGAAGGUAAUAGGAGGAAACGCUUGUUCGUGGAUUCCAAUUAUGACUUAUACUUGCUGCUCGCGUAUCAGAACUGUCAGCAGUUUAAGGUUUUUAAGCUUGACAGGCGGCAUGAAUGGGAGAAAGUUGUGACUUUAGGUGACAACAUUUUGUUUGUCACCUUUGAUUCGUGUUUCUUUGCAAGCUCACAACAUUUUUCAGGAGUUAUUCAAGGGAACUGCAUUGUUUAUCCGAAGAAUUGUUUCCCUACUUACUCUGGCUCCUGCAAAUCUGAUGAUGUCUUGUUCCCAAGUGCUAGUAGUGGCUACCUUCAAGUUGCUAUGUGUAAGUAUGAGGAGACAAAUAACUGUGCUCUAAUUUCAGCAUUCCCUCGCUUUUCUGCUGUAUUUUGGCCACCUCCACUAUGGAUUUCUAAACCUGGUCCAAGCAGUCAAGUAUCUGCAUCUUCAGAAGAGCAUGUCUCAAGUGCACCAAGAUUGGAGGAACAAAGUACUGGAAUACCUUCAACCUCAGUCGCUCAAGCGAAAACUACUUCCCACCACCUCCUAGAUUCUGAUAAGAACCAUGAGGAAGCACUGAAUACUAUCUCUGAUGACAAGGUGUUUGGUACAGAUCAUGCAUCUGUAACUCCUGUAAUGGCCUCAACGGAAUUAUGUGAGCCAAGCAUCAACUUCUUACAAGGUCUAAAGAUCAGGUCUGACCUAUUGGUAACUCUGCAAAUUUGGAACAAGCAUUGCAACCUAGUUGGAAAGGGUUUUGUGCGUAGCAAAGGCAUUUUAGCCUGUGCCUUAGAAUUACUAGCAAAGAUGAUAAAAGAUCUCCAAGAUACUACACUGAGGACCUUGACUGAUGAUCUAGCUGAGGAAAUCGGCGCUGUCAUGUCUGACCUUCAACUUUUAGGCCUAAAAGUGGACUGGUUAGUUCCUUUUGUUGAAAGGGCUUUGAUAUUACAAAAAUACAAGCCUCUGAUUGAGUCUAUUAUAGCUAUCGACGAGGAAAAAGCUCGAGUUGAAGAGGAGGAAGAGUUCCUUGAGCGCAACCCAAGAAAGAAGCGGAAAUUAGAGGAGAAUAGAGCUAGUCUGUCUGCUACUCUUCGUGUUUUAGAGCCAAUUGAUCUUGAUGAAUCCCUUGCAGAGGGAUUAUUCUGAUUGUAAUGCAACUUACUGUACUAUAUUUUCUGCUGGUAGUUAGUCUUAACUUGAGAAAACCAGCCUAAUCUGUCAUAUUUAUUUGAACUGUCUUGAUCUUUUGUUGACGGAUAUAAAUUCAGACAUGAUCUUAUAUUUAUAAUGACACUUCAUUC